AUGGGUGAUUUGGUGGAUGAAUGGCCGUAUCGGGAAAUCGUAGUGGAAUUUGGUGGGAGGGGAACGGGAACGCCAAAUUAUUCGAGUCCCGAUGGCAGGAUAGAGGGCGGGAUUCGAUACCAAGGGAGAUUCCUUCUGGUGGUCGCAGCAGUACUGGGUGGUCGACGCAAUAUCCAGGCAGAAAUAACGGUCAAGCUGCACGGAGGGGAAGGUGAAGGGUGGAAGAGUGGAAGAGUGGAAGCGAUUCGAGUCGAUACUGGUCGUCCGCUACGAGGAGGGAUGGGAAUGCCAAAGCUGGGUGACUGGGUCGGCGUACUCGAGUAG